UUGACCGGAACAAAUGCAAAUAAAUUCGCGAUACUAUUGUCCAAGCAUUAACAUAUUUUUGGCAAACUCUCUCAAUGUCAUAUCUCACCUUUGACUUUUGCAUUUCGCAAAUCGCGAAUCGUAUAAAAGUCUACGCCCAAAUGCAGUGGAGCAUCAGACAGUCCCCAACUAUCUAACAAACACCACCCAGCUCCAACAUGAAGUUCCUCAUCGUUUUCGUCGCCCUCUUCGCCCUGGCCGUGGCCCGCCCCAACGAUGUCCAGGUCGUGAGGCUGGAUUCCGAUGUGCUGCCCGACAAGUGGAGCUACACCCUGGAGACCAGCGAUGGCACCAGCAUCGACCAGCAGGGACUCGUUAAGGACGUUGGCACUGAGCACGAGGCCGCCGUUGUCCACGGAUCCUACACCUGGGUGGAUGAGAAGACCGGCGAGAAGUUCACCGUGACCUACGUGGCCGAUGAGAACGGAUUCCAGCCCCAGGGCGCCCAUCUGCCCGUGGCCCCCCUUGCCUAAAUUAUU